CAACUACCAAGCCUAGCACUAACUGGCAGUUGAUUCUGUGUGAGCCAGAAGUAAAAAAAGAAGUCAAUAUGUUGCCGUUGACUGUGGAGGAGAUUAAUAAAAAGAAAAUUGUUGGUGUACUGGGGAAAAGUUUAAACGAUUUGAAAGAAUGUGUGAAUUUAAUCAAGGAAUGGUUAAAGAGUCAGAGGCACCUACCUGAAGAACCAUCCACUAACAUGAUCGAAUUCUUUUUGGUAAACAAUAAAUUUAGUAUUGAAAAUACAAAACAGAAACUCGAUAUGUAUUAUACGAUCAAAAGUAUAAUUCCAGAAAUAUUUGAUAGGAUAAACCCCAAAUUGGCGCGAAUACAAGCAGGUUUGGAUUGUCAAUACACCUUACCAUUACCAAAGCUUCUCAACGAUAAAUACAGGGUAGUAGUAAUGAAAGCGAAAUCGUAUAGAGAAAAUUUCGAGCCCAAAGUUAUAAUAGCAAAUUUGGUCAAUCUAAUUGAAGUGAGAAUUCAAGAAGAUUUUAUGUUGGGAGAUAUAGUGCUCUUCGAUCUUCAAAACACGUCGAUGUCUCAUAUAUAUAAAACUACGAUAAUGGACGCCAAAAUAGCUACGACUAUUUUAGAGAAAGUUUAUAGCAAUCGAGUCAAAGAGGUGCACGUCAUUAAUUAUCACCCUAUCUGUGAUUUACUAUUAAAAUUAGCGAAAACUGUUGUUAAGCCAAAAAUCAUCAAAAGAAUACGAUUUCACAAUUCCACAGAAAGUUUAUUCAAACAUAUUCCUUUAGAUAUAUUACCAGAAGACUACGGAGGCAAAGAAAAAUGUUUAGAUGAUUUAGAAGGAUUAUGGAAAAAGAAACUGAUGGAAUAUGCAGAUCGUUUUGAUAAAUUAGACACUUUGAGAGUAGACGAGUCGCAGCGUUCCAGUCCACUAAAAGACACCGAAAAUUUGGGUGUGCAAGGAACUUUUAGAAAGCUCGAUAUAGACUGAUUAAUAGAUGACUAAUCCAGGCGUCUGGCUGUGUAACUGUAAAACGUUUUUAGUCAUUAGAUUAGGAAUAAAAAAAACGAAAGUUGUGUGAAUUAAAUAAAAGUUUUGAAAGAG